UGCUGAGCUCUGCUCUGCAGUUUGCUCCCUCCCUCAAAAACCUUCACAAAGUCCCCAGAAAAAAAACAAUUUCAUAACGAAAAAGACUCAAAAGAAGAAAAAUCAAGUGAAGGUCGAAAAUGGCAGAUGUUGGCCUAUCCACUGCUUUCUCUCCUCUCAGAGGUUCUUGGAUAGCCGUGAGGAUCAGGCAGGGCUGCAAGCCCGCAGGAGUCAGCCUGUCCCCAAGGAGGAGGAGAACCUCCUGCGCGGCCGCCGCCGUCCGCGCCGAGGUGAGCUUCGUGGACGCCGAUGAGGCGAAGAGGCUCGUCGCCGAGGAGGGCUUCACGGUGCUGGACAUCAGGGACAGGACGCAGCGCGAGAGGGCGUACAUCAAGUCCUCCACCCACGUGCCCCUCUUCAUUGAGAACCAGGACAACGACAUUGGGACGAUCGUGAAGCGCCAGCUGCACAACAACUUUGCCGGGCUCUUCUUCGGCCUGCCCUUCACCAAGCUCAACCCGGACUUCGCCAAGACGGUGAAGGACAAGUUCUCGCCGGAGAGCAAGCUGCUGGUAGUCUGUCAGGAAGGGCUCAGGUCAGCAGCAGCUGCAGAUGCACUGGAGAGAGAAGGCUUCCAAAAUAUUGCAUGCAUCACAUCAGGUCUUCAGACAGUGAAGCCAGGAACAUUUGAAUCUGUCGGGAAAAGUGAGCUGCAGAAUGCGGGGAAAGCCGGCCUUGUAACCAUACAAGGGAAGAUUUCAGUAGUUCUCGGGACUGUAUUGAUCAGUGCCUACCUGUUUAUAACAUUUUUCCCGGACCAGGCUGAGAAGCUCUUUGACUUGGCUGGCAUCAGUUUGUGAUCACAACUGAAGUCAUUUCCAUUCACAUUGGUGCUCCAAUUGGAGGGUCUAUGUCUCCAUUAUCAGGAUAACUGUAUGAUCAAGUCGACUUACUCAGAUGUUUCCAGACCAAGACGGAAGUUUGGUUCUAUCUGUAUUAUAUAGGGAAUUUUCAACAAAUCAGCGCAUAUAUUCUCCGAAGCAUCCCUUUUCUCCAUGUACCUACUAUUUUCAAUUCGAUGUUAGAUUCAUGGAAGUACUUAGGCCUCCGAAGAUAUUAUUCAAGAUUUCUAAUAGAAGUUUUUUAUCCGUCUUGUCAUGCUCGUCCACGGCAGAACAUUGAUCCCGAAAGACUAUGUAGAACUUGAUACCAAUUGCAGUUGCAGAUGAAAUGAUUGUCUUGUGUAAUGAGCUAA